AUGGCAAUUCGGACAGUCCGGUUCUCGCUAUUAGGACUGUCCGAUCUGCCAGGCCCGCGUGUGCUGGUGGAUGGAGGGUGGGUGGACGGUGCUCUCGCCGUGGUGCACCACCCCUCUGUGCAGGCAGGGGGCGCCUUCUCGCGCCCACUGGUUGGAUGGCGAGCUGGAGCUUGCACCGUGGAGCAGAGCUUUUGGGCCGUUGCUGCCAGCAGUGACAGCGGCGUGUCGUUAUGUGGACCCCUCUAUACCGCCCGGUGGACCCCUCCCUGCACCGCCCUCCCUGCACCGCCGGCCUCUGCCGCUGCCGCCGCCGCCGCUGCUGCUGGGGGUGGUGGGCGGGGCUUGUCUGGUUCCCUGUCGCCCAACCCUCCAGGGGUGCUGGUGACGUGCACCAGUGGUGGGGGAGGUGGCAAGGGGGGGGGAGGGGAGGAGUGCGGACGACUUGACCAAGGGGCCUUAUGCGGCUGGUUGGAGUGGCGUGGGAGGCUGUUGGAGUUCGUGGGGACGUCGUGCUGGGUAUUCGUGGAAGAAUCGGUGGGAGUGUACGGGUGGCGUUUGGGGGAAUUGAGUAUCGUUGACUGCCUGUCUGUGGCGCUCAUUCCAGUUUGCGCGGCCAUCAACAUGCUUCCCAUCAAGCGCUUGGGGCAGCAAAUGCUGGCCGUCGGCACAGUGGUGCAGGUGAGGGGAAUAGAUAGAUCGUCCAUGGGUGGUGCAAGUGCAACUUACCUAUGCCCCCAUCUCUGUUCAUUCUAG